UCAGGUAUUGAUUGGUUUUGUCUGACGUGUCUUACGUACGUCACCCGCAGCCGGCUUUGUUUAAGGAAGCAUUGGCGGAUGAGAAACUUCCUUCAAGACAGCGGAUGAAUAGCGAAAUAGUGUAAUGGCUGUUCUCGCUGUACUCCAUUUACCCGCACGUUUUGUAUUAUUUCGUUCACAUUGUAAGGAUCUUUUCCGCGUGCAGCGUGUCACGAAGCGUGUGUCUUGUCGUGACUACACUAAUGACACACCCUUGGAUCAUAUAAGUCGUGGUCUCGAGAGAUACAAAGACUUAAAAACGCAUUUCAAGAGACACCUGAAAGCAAUUUACAGCAGGUUCACCGACGUAGCUGACCACUCAGCGGUGUAUGGACGACACCAUGUUUAUUUUAUGGAAGGAAACAGUAUCUACAGAAUGGAAAAGAGAAAAAGUGAGUCGGAACCGGAGCAGGUUCUCGACCUGGGAUGCAUCCCUGCAGGUGAGGAGACACAAGAGUGGACUGUGCAGAGAAUACGACUUUCCCCUCAGGAGAAGCAUCUUGCCGCCACGGUGAAGACUCAUAACACAGAAACAAUCAGGUGCGUAGUUGUGAAGCUCGGCCAAAGAAACAUACUCACGUUGGACAAUGUCUUCACCUUUGAGUGGGCCACAGAUGAGGUGUUGUUUUACACCAUCCAGGAAAAUUUGAAGUGCCAAACAGUGUAUCGUCUGGACCUGACCCAAAAUGGAAGCACGAUACGCCUCGUGUACGAGGAAUCCGAACCGGAUGUGUUUGUGGAGGUGUCCCUCUCCAGAGACUGCCAUGCACUGAGCAUCACCUGCAGCAGCAGAAACAGCUCCGAGGUGCUGCUCGUGGACGUCUCGGACCCCCGUCUAGAACCCACCCUGGUUCAGGCGCGCCAGCCGGAACUGUUGUACCACGUGGAACACUGGAGGCGGAACUUGAUCAUACUCGCCAACACGGGGCCUGGGCAGGAAUAUCAGGUGAUAAAAGCCCCCCUCUCCGAGCCCUCCAUGCUGUCAUGGGACACCGUAUUCACGCCGUGUCUCGGCACUGUGAUCAAAGACAUGGACGUGGUCAGGGACCACUGUAUACUGGUUGCCGUGACGACAAGCAAUGAGCUUGAGCUGAUUGUCGUCCCUCUCUCCCGACCGAGAGAAGCAUACACUCUGCAGCUCCCCUCCUGGGCGUGCGUCGUUGAAACCAAGCGUCCCGGCCUUGCAGACCAACGCAGCGCGUUGGAGUUCCUGAUAUCCUCUCCAGUCCGCCCCCGAGUGUCCUACUGUCUUUAUCCCGAGAAAGGCCUCCUUUCAUCAGGCACGGGGAACAGGCCCUCUCCAAAGAAGCAGGAGAAUUAUAUUACGGCACGUUUAAAGGCCUGCAGCCAGGAUGGUACCAUAGUGCCAGUGACACUGUUUCACGGCGUGAAGUGUAUGAAAGACACGCCUCUGCUGGUGCACGUGUACGGAGCUUACGGCCGGGAUGUCAACAUGCAGUUCUCCCCGAAGAAAAGGUUUCUGCUGGACCAGGGCUGGGCUCUGGCCUAUUGCCAUAUCAGAGGGGGAGGAGAGCGCGGGCUGGCAUGGCAGAGACAAGCUCGCGUCGAGGGGAAGCACAGAGGAGUGGAGGACCUUCAAGCCUGCCUUAGUCACCUCUUCUCCUCGGGGGUCUACAGCCCUUCGCGGACCGUUCUCACCGCCUGUAGCGCCGGAGGUGUGCCAGUGGGGGCGCUAUGCAACAGACGACCCAACAUGAUGCGGGCAGUCAUGCUGCAGAGUCCUUUCCUGGAUGUGCUGGGAACAAUGGAGGACCCCGAACUGCAUCUCACAUUGGAGGACAGGGAAGAGUGGGGCGACCCUGCGGGAAACCUGGAACACAGGCUCACCAUCGCUUCCUAUUGCCCAGUUUGCAACAUUACUCCUCAGUGUUACCCGUCAAUGCUGCUGACGGCCUACACUGACGACAACAGGACACCUCUAGCCGGUGUCCUGAAGUAUGCUGAGAAGCUGAAGGAAGCAGUGCAAAUUCAUUUCAACAUGGCAGCCACAUCAGACCCUGAACCAAACAUAGUUGUGAAUAUACAACCUGGAGCAAAUCACAUUGGAUCAGAUGACUGGGAGUCCAUGCUGGAGGAGGAAGCCCUCCAGCUAGCAUUUCUGUACAAGGAGAUGGACCUGGAACCUCCUUGUCCUCCAUGGAGGAGGAAGAGAUAAAGUUGUGUGGAUGACAGCAGAAGACAGGACAACAAGGGAUGUGACUGCAAAGAUAGUUUCU